AUGUCCUCUCCGAAUUCAAAUCCAACCAUCCAUCAUGAUGAUCCAAUCUCAUCAAACCAGCCAGAAGCUUCGAUAUCAGCUUCCUCACCUCUCUCCGUUUUCAUCCAUCUUUUGCAAUAUUAUUGUCAUUCAUCCAUUGUUGGUUGUAUUCUCAAUAUUGCUCUCAUACUUUUCAUACAAACGAAAACCACUGGAUACUUUACCGUUGAAAAUCAUUUAUUGUAUCGAUUGAGAAUGAUUCUUCCCAACAAUGAUCAACCACAGUCUCCGCAACAACAACCAUCACAAGCCUCUUCUUCUUCUUCUUCUCCGACCAUGCUCAUUAAAAUUUCAACCAUGAAUGAGGCUAUCAUUAAGACUCUCUAUUUUUAUAAUGACUUGGAUUAUUUGUUUUUUGCAUAUCUAGUCAUGAUGUUCUCAGUGUAUAAUAUUUAUAACAUUCUGGUUACUGGGGUAUUUCUCAUUCUAUUAUUCCGAAUUUAUACUAACAUGUAUCAGAAGAGAAGAAAUGCAUUGUAUUACUUGAGCUUUAUUGUAUCUUUUUUGUGUUAUUUUGCUUUUUCUAAAAUGUUUAAGAAUACUGAAUGUGCAAAAGAAUUGACUCAUACUCAUGACUAUUUAAAAGGAACAAUAUUCGGAAGAAACACAACUAGAGGUUGGACAGAGAAAAUUUGGGAUUUGAUGAUAUCGGAAAAUUUUGAGAAUUAUGCAUUUAUUCUCAUUAAUUUACUAGUUUCAUAUGUUCUAAAUUUAGUGGUAGAAUUUGAUUAUAUUUGUAAAUGUCAUAUUUAUUUGAACGAUUUUAAAGAAUAUCACCAUUUUGUGAUUGGAAAUCGAUCGAUCAAGGACAAAAAAAUUUUCAAACUACUCUCAAUGAUUACCAAACUCUUUAGUAAUUUUCAAUUAUUUAUUUUACCAUUGUUGGUAGUAUUUUUGAACCAUACUCAACAUGUCAUGGUAACUCUGUUUUGCUUUUUCUCCAUCGUUAUUCAAUUUACAUAUUUCAAAGUCUAUUUGAAAUGCUACUUUAUUUACAGAGCUCUUUACUAUAACAAGUACAAACAGCACCAAAAGAUGAUUAAUCUAGUCAAGUUUACAAUAUUUUACUCAUUGAAGAAUUUAAUUAUUCCAUUUACGUCGUCAGUCCUAUUGGUACUGUACAUUUACACAAACUACAGUUGUGUCAUGUUCUACACAAUUUAUAUUUAUUAUGGAACUAGUGGCGUGAUCGCCAUUCUGACAUACUUAUUUAUCAAAUUUGUUGACCGUCGAUCAAUUUUGUAA